AUGGAACCAACAACAGACGUCGACGCAAGGGAAACCCGUCGACAACGCCGCAUGGCAGCGGGACGAAGUGGCGGGUUAUUCGAGAUUGUCCAGGAUGGCGAAGGGUUCAGUUAUCGCUAUGCUUCGCCCGAACCGUUGUUAUAUCAACAGCAAGCGAAUGAUAUUGCGACGCAAGGCGUCGAGUCUGUGGAGCCGGCGACAAGCAUAGAAUCAAGCUUGGAGGUUGCAGGUGGCGGGAGCCUUGAAGAAAUGAACGAGGCCGCGAAAAUUGCAGUGCAGGAGGUCGAGGGUGCUGCUCCAGUGACCGCGGAAACGGCACAGCCACCGGGACAGACUGUAUCUUCAUCGCCAACGACCAGAAGCCAUGACUGUACGGCAGGAGAAGCACCAGUGCCGAUCAUUAUCGACAGCAAGAACACCGAACAUAAUACGACCGGCGCGGUGUCGGCCCCAACAUCAUCGCCGAAGUUGCCAAGAGGAAGCUGGGAGGGCACCAAGGGUAACACGACCCAGGAAGUACUCCCUCAGGGAACGAUAGAUGGAGAAUAUAGCGACAUGCCACUGAUCCCGACACCUCAGGUUCCCACAUCCCCGACGCAGAUAAGCUCAGAAGCCGUCAAGGGGGAAAGGACGCCGGCUUCCAUGGCUGGAGAGACACUGGAUAUAAACCGACCCAGCUCGGCUUCGGUCCCGGCAGCAACGUAUUGUGCUGAUUUGACAGAGGCAGCUUGUGGGCGACCAGAGGGAGAGCAGGUGGAAAUCUUUGACGCCGGGACGAAAGGAAGGCGCAUGCGAACAUGGAAAAAGGUCGACCGGUUUUUCUCACGCAUUGUGCAUCGGAAGAAGAAAUCCAUCGAGCCAGUUCCCACGGAUGUCCAGGCCGCCCAGCCACCACCACGGAUUCCAGAGCUGCAAACACCCAAGCUUCGAAGAGUGAUUUCCCAAGCGGAAGCAAGUCCGCUCCAACAGCAACUCGAUCUGGAGCAUGACCAAGAUCCUGGACAGGAUGAAGUGAACAGGGAAUUUUUCACUCCGCCUCGGAGGGUAAAAGUGGCAUGCGGGGGAAAUAGGCAUGGAGAGUCGGAUUCGGAUGCCUUUGACUGA